AUGGGAAGAAGAUGUUCAAGAACACCCAUAUCGAUUUCUGGGAAGAAGAUUAAGGGUGUUGAUCGGAGUUCACAGUACACUAUAGUAGAUAGUAGUGGUCCGAGAGUCUCGAGUCACCACACUUCCAUUCCAUCCAACCGACUAUCACUUCUUCUCUGCCUAGUGUUUGAAACAAUCUACAGCGAGAUUCAAAUGACAACAGCUAGUUGUAGCGAUUCGCCUCUUGUUGCUCAAAGGUUAUUAGGAAAGGUGGCUUUGGUAACCGGUGGUGCAACCGGUAUCGGAGAGGGCAUCGUACGUCUCUUCCACAAACACGGUGCAAAAGUUUGUGUAGUCGACAUCAACAACAACCUCGGCCAACACUUAUGUGAGACCCUCGGUCCCACCACCCGUUUCAUCCACGCUGACGUGACAAUUGAGGACGACCUCUCCCGUGCAGUCGACUUCUCAGUCUCCAAUUUCGGCACACUCGAUAUCAUGGUCAACAACGCUGGUAUAAGUGGGCCACCUUGCCCAGACAUCCGUGAAUUCCCCAUAUCGACCUUCCAACAAAUAUUCGACGUCAACACCAAAGGCACAUUCAUCGGGAUGAAACAUGCAGCCAGGAUCAUGAUCCCGUUAAAAAAAGGUUCAAUUGUUAACAUUGCUAGCGUGGCAAGUGUUAUAGGAGGGUUGGGCCCGCAUGCGUAUACCGCGUCCAAACAUGCGGUUGUGGGGUUGACAAAAGGUGUGGCGGCUGAGCUCGGGAAACAUGGGAUUCGUGUGAACUGUGUGUCACCGUAUGGUGUUUUGACGGACCUCGCGUUGGCACAUCUUUAUGAGGAUGAACGGACGGAUGAUGCCAAGGCGGGGUUCAAAGCUUUUAUCGGGAAGAAUGCCAACUUGCAGGGUGUGGAGUUGGUGCGGGAUGACGUGGCGAAUGCGGUGUUGUUUUUAGCGAGUGAUGACGCGAGGUAUAUAAGCGGGGACAAUUUGUUUGUUGAUGGUGGUUUCUCGUCUACAAAUCACUCACUUCGUGUGUUUCGAUUUGAAGUCUAA